AUGACAGCAGGUCAUGAGAUGCUAAGCUUUAUGGAUGCAUACUCAGGCUACAAUCAGAUCCUCAUGAAAGAAGCGGAUGAGACCUACACGGCGUUUAGGAUAGAUCAGGAGAACUACUGUUACCGCGUCAUGCCGUCUAGGCUAAAGAAUGCAGGAGCAACCUACCAGAGGAUGGUCAACAAAAUGUUCGAGGCACAGAUUGGGCAUAACAUGGAAGUAUACGUAGAUGAUAUGCUUAUAAAAAGUGUCAAGGCCAAAGAUCAUUUAGCCGAUCUUAAAGAAGUGUCCGAGGUUUUACACAAGCCAGACAUAUCAGGACGAUUGAUCACCUGGGCGGUGGAAUUAAGGAAGUAUGACAUCAAGUUCCAACCUCGAACGGCAAUCAAGGGUCAGGCCCUAGCAGAUUUUAUAGUUGAAUGCACUUUCUCAGAGACUGAGCCAGAAGAGGUGGAACUUGAGGAGCAUGAUCGAAGAUCGUGGGAGAUGUUCAUAAACAGAUCGAGUAAUGCAGCAGGGAGCGAAGCUGAUCGGGGAUCGUGGGAGAUGAUCAUGGAUGGAUUGAGUAAUGCGGCAGGGAGCGGGACUGGGUUCAUGAUCACCAACCCUGAAGGUUUGUGGAUUCAAUGCGCACUCUGGUUUACAUUCCAAGCCUCUAACAACGAGGCAAAAUACGAGGCAUUGCUUGCUGGACUAAAAGUUGCAAGAACCAUCCAAGUCACUCACCUAGCCGUUCGAAGUGAUUCCCAACUCGUGGUAAACCAAGUAAUGGGGAGUACGAGGAAAAGGAUGAACGUAGGGUGUCCGGUUUGA